CCAUCUAACACUUUUCUUUUUCCAUUUUGUUGACCACCCACAAUUUAGUUCCUUGUUUGGUAUGUUACUCAUAUAUUUUGCUAACAAUUUCUUUUUAUUUCUUGUAAAAGAACAAACAAAAUUCUCUUAGUUUUUUCAUCCAUGAAAUUUCAUCUUCAAUAAGUAUAACCAAGAAGGUUAACUGGGUAAGAAGGAGACGACAACGACGACAACAAAGAAGAGGAGGAGGAAGAAGAAGUAAAAUUGAGAUAUUUGAUUGAUCAUGGUAGAAGAAGAUUAUGAAAAACUGGUUUAUCAUAGUUGCAUGAUUCCUCUAUCAUUUAUCAUCUUGCUUAUAUUUUCAGGCACAAUCAACAAGGCAGAUGCUCAGACAGAGGGAACAACAGAGAGGGACAGAGAUAUUUUGCUGAGUCUGAAGUCAUUUUUGGAAGAACAUAACAAGAUGAACAGAGGGAAAUACACCCAGUGGAAUCAGCUCAGUUCAGACUAUUGUAAUUGGUCUGGUAUUGCCUGUGACCCGAUCACUCGUCGAGUUACCGGAAUCGAUCUCUCGAAGAGCAGCCUUAAUGGGGAGAUAUCAGGGAAUUUUUCAGGAUUGUCAGACCUCAGUUCUGUUGACUUGUCUGGGAAUACCUUAAGUGUGAUUCCUAGUGAUUUGAGUGGGUGUAGAAGUCUUAAGUACCUUAAUUUGUCACAUAAUACACUUAAAGGGGAGCUGAAUUUAACUGGGUUGAGUAGUUUGGAGGUGUUGGAUUUAUCAUUGAACAAAAUAGAAGGUGAAAUUCGGCCUAGUUUCCCUGCAAUGUGCAGCAAUUUGAGGGUGUUGAACAUCUCUUCAAAUAACUUUACAGGGUCUGUUGAUGGGUGUUUUGAUGGGUGCACAAAGUUGGAGUAUGUUGAUCUUAGUGCUAAUAUCUUUACUGGGCAAGUAUGGCCUGGUUUUGCAAGAGUGAAGUCGUUCGACGUUGCGGAAAACAACUUUACUGGAAUGAUUUCACCCUGGUUGUUUGAUGGAAAUUGCAGUUUGGAGACUUUUGACUUGUCAGAAAAUAAUUUUACUGGAGAUUUUCCUGGUGAAAUUUCCAACUGUAAAAACCUGUCUACCUUGAUCUUAGGUGGGAAUAAUUUCAGUGGGAGUGUUCCUGACACUCUUGGGUCGCUUUCGAGUCUACGAGUACUGAUUCUUGGAGGGAAUAACUUCACAAAUCAGAUACCAGAAUCACUACUUCAGUGCAGGAAUCUGAGGUUUCUGGAUCUUAGCAGGAACAAUCUCGGCAGUGAGGUACCGCCUAUUCUUGGAAGAUUUACACAGCUGCAAGUUCUGGUUCUGCAUGCUAAUUCCUUCAGUGGAGGGUUGAAUUCUUCUGGGAUUUUAAGAUUGCCUAACAUUCAAAGAUUAGAUCUCAGCUACAAUAACUUUUCUGGUCAUCUUCCAAUUGAGGUUUCCAAUAUGGGUAAUUUGCAGUUCCUAGAUUUUGCACAUAACAAUUUUUUGGGUAAAAUUCCUUCAGAAUAUGGCAGUCUUAAUCAGCUUCUAGCCCUUGAUAUCUCCUUUAACAGAUUGACAGGUUCAAUCCCACCAAGUUUGGGGAAGUUAACUUCUCUUCUUUGGCUUAUGCUCGCGAACAAUUCCUUAACAGGUGAAAUCCCACCUCAGUUGGGAAACUGCCGCAGUUUGUUAUGGUUGAAUUUAGCUAAUAACAAACUUUAUGGAAGACUCCCAAAUGAACUGACAAACAUUGGGAACAACCCUAUGCCUACGUUCCUGUCAAAUAGGCGAGGGAAACUUGUUCCAGGUUCAGGGGAGUGUUUGGCAAUGAAGAGAUGGAUACCUGAAAACUACCCUCCUUUUAGUUUUGUGUAUAGUUUGCUUACCAGAAAGAGUUGUAGAAGUAUAUGGGAUAGGAUACUAAAAGGGUAUGGUCUUUUCCCAAUUUGCAUGCCUGGUUCAAAAGUUCAGACAUUACAGAUUUCGGGUUAUCUUCAGCUGACAGGGAAUCGAUUUUCUGGUGAAUUACCUCCUGAUAUUGGUAGGAUGAAGAAUUUUAGCAUGCUGCAUUUUGCUGAUAAUAACUUCAAUGGUUCCUUACCCUCCAACAUUGAGAAAAUGUCCCUUGUUUUCCUAAAUGUAUCAAGGAACAAUUUCUCAGGCACAAUUCCUAUGCAGAUUGGAAACCUCAAGUGUUUGCAGGAUCUUGAUUUGUCAUUGAACAACUUCUCAGGUAUUUUUCCAACGAGCUUAAACGACUUGGGUGAGCUUAAUAAGUUCAAUGUUUCGUUCAACCCAUUCAUUUCCGGUGUUAUCCCAUCUACGGGGCAACUAGCAACAUUCGAGAACAACUCUUACCUCGGUGACCCUCUAUUAGUCCUUCCAUCUUUUAUCAACAACUCCACAAGCUCAUCCAAGAAUAACGAACGAUCACACAAGAUGGUUAGAUCAGUUGCAAAGAUAGCAACUUCUUUAGUCAUUGCAAUAAUGAUUCUUGUGUUGUUAAUUUGUGGUUUGCUCUCAGUAUUAGUCUUCAACUUGGUUAAAUCCCCGUCAGAAAACACAUCGGUAUAUCUUUUAAAAGACACAAAAUCGCGGCAUGAAAGUUCUUCUUGCACAAGCAGCUCUUCUUCACCAUGGAUGUCAGAUGCCAUCAAAGUCAUUAGGCUCGACAAAACAGAAUUCACACACUCUGAUAUCCUGAAAGCAACUGGUAACUUUUCAGAAGAUAGAGAGAUUGGAAGAGGAGGGUACGCGACAGUUUAUAAAGGAGUUUUCGCAGAUGGAAGAGUAGUAGCAGUGAAGAAGUUACAGAGAGGAGGCAUUGAAGGGGAACGAGAAUUCCGAGCAGAAAUGGAAGUCCUUACGCAACACGGUGUAAACUGGCCUCACCCAAACCUUGUCAACCUCUAUGGGUGGUGUCUUGAUAAAGCUGAUAAACUGCUGGUGUAUGAGUAUAUGGAAGGGGGGACACUAGAGGAUAUCAUCACAGACAGAACAAGGCUAACAUGGAAAAGACGAGUUGAGAUAGCAAUCGAUGUUACUCGUGCCUUAGUCUUCCUCCACCACGAGUGCUACCCUUCGAUAGUCCAUCGGGAUGUGAAAGCAAGUAAUGUGUUGUUAGACAGAAAUGGAAAAGCUCGAGUAACAGAUUUUGGCCUAGCAAGAAUGGUUGAUGCAGGGGAGACACAUGUCACAACCACAGUGGCUGGGACUGUAGGGUAUGUUGCACCUGAAUACAGUCAAACAUGGCAAGCAACAACUAAAGGCGAUGUGUAUAGCUUCGGGGUUUUAGCCAUGGAGCUUGCAACAGGGAGGAGAGCGGUGGUUGAUGGGGAGGAGGAGUGUUUGUUAGAGUGGGCAAGGAGGGUUCUUGGGAAAAAUGAACGGCUAGGAUUAGAUCAUUCGACGAUUCCAGGACUCGUUGUAGGACCGGGGAAAAAACAAGGGGCAUCAGAGAUGGGUGAACUGUUAGGCAUAGGAAUCAAAUGCACUGCAGAAGUACCUCAAGCGCGGCCUAAUAUGAAGGAGGUUCUGUCAAUGUUGGUUAAAAUCUUAGGUUAUAAAGGAGAUAUAUGUAAGGAUUUAGAUUAUGUUUCUGUAGUUUGUGAUGUAUAGGACUUCAGUUUUGAUUUUUAGAAACUGUCCAUAAUUUUCGGUUUUACUGUCAGAUUAGAUCACAUACAUACUUGAGGUAGACAUAGGAGCACCUGUAAUCAUUCUUCUUGUACAAAUUUUAUUCAUUGAUUUCAAGAAUAACACUAAUAAACUGGAAGAUUUUUUGA